AUGUGCAAUGGUGAAUUUUUUAAUAAAGAACCCUUGGAAGCAUUUGAGUACUUUGACUAUUUAUCUGAAAAUGCCCAGUCAUGGGAUGUUUCUGAGAUGUAUGACAGAUCUAAAAAUCCAAAAUUUUUAAGUGGGGGUAGAAAGUAUCAUUUGAAAAAAGCUGAUAAUUUACAUGCUACACUUGCAUUACUCUCUAAGAAGGUAGAGUCUAUAGAACUUAAGAAAGUCAGCGAGUUGCAAGCCCUACCAUCUACUUCUGAAAAAUGUAACAUAUGUGAAGAUCUCGGGCAUGUGACUAGUGCAUGCCCAACAAUUCCUGCAUUUAAAGAAGUCUUGCUUGACCAAUCUAAUGCUGUGAAUAUGAUAUCUAAAAAUUUUUCUGGGCCAUGUUCUAACACUUAUAAUUUAGAUUGGAGGAACCAUCUAAAUUUUGGUUGUAGAAAUGAGCAGCCAACAGCCCCAGGACCUGCUCAAUAUGCUCCCUAUUCAGCACCAACAGCCCCAGGACCUUCACAAUAUGCAAAUCACCCACCUCCAGUGCAAAAGAAGAACUUGGAGGAUACCAUGCAGCAGUUGUCCGUGAGCCUCCAGCAGUUCAUGCAAAGUCAGAAUACGAUAAAUAAUCAGAAUUCACAAGCAAUAAACGACAUUAGAGGAACACUCACAAGAGUGACCACCGCUUUAAGUGCUCAAGAAAAAGGGAAAUUCCCUGCUCAGCCUCAACCCAACCCACAAGGACUGAAUCAGCAAACUCAGAGUACUACUGAAAGUGCCAAUGUCAAAUCUGUCAAGGCCAUCACAACUCUAAGGAGUGGUAAGGUUGUGGAUAUUCCUGCACAUGGUACAACCAGCUCAGGUAAAAAUUCUAACCCUUCCCAAGAUAAAGGUGAGCCAAGCAUGCUAGAUUCUGAAACAAAUAUAUGCCCCACACCUGCCCCAUUCCCACAUAGAUUGCUUUCUAUGCAUAAGGAAAAACAGUAUGCUGAAAUUCUGGAAAUUUUUAGACAUGUCAGGAUUAAUAUUCCUCUUCUUGAUACCAUUAAACAAAUUCUUGCUUAUGCUAAAUUUCUAAAGGAUUUAUGCACUGUAAAAAGGAAGUUAAAUGUGCAGAAAAAAGCCUUUCUCACUGAGCAAGUCAGUGCAAUAAUUCAGAAUCACACACCACCCAAGUUUAAAGACCCUGGUUCACCAACUAUUUCUUGUGUCAUUGGAAAUGCAAAAAUUGGCCAAGCUUUACUUGACUUAGGUUUAGGAGUUAAUUUGCUACCUUUUAGUGUGUAUGAACAGCUGGGUUUGGGUGAAUUAAAGCCUGCUUCCAUUAUUUUACAGCUUGCUGAUAAAUCAAUCAAAAUACCAAAGGGUAUUGUUGAGGAUGUCUUGGUCCAAGUAGAUAAAUUCUACUACCCAGUAGAUUUUGUGGUGCUAGACAUGAAAGUGACUGUCCAUUCAAAUUCUUUAGCACCCGUGAUUUUAGGGAGACCAUUCUUAGUAACUUCUAAUGCCAUAAUUAAUUGUAGGAGUGGUGUCUUGAAAUUAAGCUUUGGGAAUAUGACCUUAGAAUUGAACAUUUUCAACUUGUGCAGGCAACCUCAAGAACCCAAGGAACUUCAAGAAGUCAAAGUACUCUUACAGGGAAAUUAUGUUGUUUUAAGUACUCUUACUAUACUUGAUUAA